CGGAUGGAACUCUCCGUCGGUACAUGGACUAUCGCGGCCUCAACCGCUACACGGUUAAGAAUCACUACCCCAUGCCUCGUUCCGACGAGCUGUUCAACCGCCUAGCAGGCAACCGCUUCUUUACGAAGAUUGAUCUUCGUAGCGGUUACCAUCAGAUCCGCGUCGCUGCAGCGGACCAGCCGAAGACAGCGUUCCGAUCGCGCUUCGACCACUACGAGUUUACGGUGAUGCCAUUCGGCCUCGCCAACGCACCCGCUACCUUCCAGAGGGCGAUGAACGAUAUCUUCAGGGACAUCUUGGAGCAGUACGUUCCCAUCUACCUCGACUAUAUCCUAGUCUAUAGUCGUACCCUUGAGAAGCAUCUCAGACACCUCCGCGACGUCCUUGACCGCUUGCGCAGACAUGGCUUCUACACCAAGCUGAGCAAGUGCCGCUUUGCCCAGCAUAAAGUGAAUUUCUUAGGACACUACGUGUCUGACCAGGGGCUCCACAUGGACGACGCGAAGAUCACUGCUAUUGCGGAGUGGCCCGUCCUCACAUCUGCCAAGCAGCUUCACAGCUUCCUAGGCCUUACCAGCUACUAUAGUGAUUGUCCGAUAGCUUACUACUCUCGUCAGCUUCUGCCCGCCGAGAUAAACUACACAGCUGAUGAACGCGAGCUACGUGUCCGGGCAGUAUCAGAGUUCCAUAACCAGGCAGCCGCCGGUCAUAUGGGCUUCCACAAGACGUUGGCUCAUGUGAGCCGCCUGUACAUCUGGUCGAAGCGCAAGGACUUUGUGAAGGACUACGUCGCAGAGCGUCCCACCUGUAAGGAGGUGAACAGUGCGAACCGCUUGCCUUAUAGUUUGCUCCAGACUCUUCCUAUCCCUGAGGGUCGUUGGCAGUCCAUCUCGAUGGACUUUAUCGGUCCCCUUCGUCCUCCGACCCCCUGCGGUCAUGAUGUUAUCUUGGUCGUCGUCGACCGCUUCACGAAGCGUGCACGCUUUGUUCCGUGCCGCUAUGCCAUCAGUGCACGUGAGGUCGCUGACAUCGUGUUUGACCGAGUCGUGUGUGACCACGACUUACCUCUAAGCAUCAUAUCUGGCCGUGACCCACGCUUUACCAGCUGAUUCUGGCGACGACUCCACGAGGUAUACGGCACCAAGCUCCGCUUCU